AACCCCACCGCCACCGCACCAAUCGUUCGAAACGGCAUUUUUGCCACCGAUAACGAACUCACUAACGCCAGCAAUCUCUCUCAUAUCGUAAUCGCUGCGACAAGAAAACGUGAGAAAUAGCUUGCUCAAUAUCGAGUGGAUCACCUGCGCGUUUUUGACAAUCAUUCAUACACUUUGGGAGGGCUCUAUUACGCGACUGGGACGUCGUAGUGACUUAAUUUUUUGGUGACGUAGUCAGGGGGAUAGGAAUGACAUAUGCAAAAGUUGUUAAGCUAGGCUAACUAGAAGUGCAUGUUGUACUGAACCAUACCAGACACAAAAAUUUAACUGGAAAAACUUUGCUUGGCAGUGGCAAAAACUACACCAACUUAAACUAUAUAAAAAUUAAAUGUAGAAAAGUUUUACUGCAGUUAUAGCUGCUGCAAAAUGGUCAUGACUGUACUUUCCAUGUUCAACUUACCGGUAGUCGGAUGGAAAAAUCAAAAUAUGUUUCUGCUUUCCUGUGUAAAAACGAAGGGAGAGUUUAUCAGAAUGGUCAUAUUAUCCAUUCUCUGCUGCCUUCACAUCUUGCUAUUUGUGCUCUUUGACCCCCAACUGUAUACUAAAUUGUGUUGUUACUUUAGAUUGAAUAGUAUUAAGUGAAUCAUUAAGUGAAUAUUAAUUUCCUCAAAAUCCAAUGUGAUAAGCAGGGUGUUGGGGAAUUCAGGAAUCAGUCAAUACCAAUGGCAAGUGCGGGACAUGGAAGUGGAGAUCCUGGAAGAAUGCCCUCAUAUACUCCAUCAUCUUCAAAACCAGGCAGCGGCCAGAAAAAGAAACGACACAAACCCAAACUGACUCCUUUCGUCAUAAACAAUACUCCACAACAACCUCCACCUACUGCCCAAGCCAUAAAUAAACUUGAUGCUCAAAGUGUAAUGAAGAUAGAGGGACAAGAAAUUAAAAUCCGAGCAGACGAUCUUAUUACCAUUGAGGAACUGGGAAGAGGUGCUUAUGGAGUUGUGGAGAAGAUGCAACAUAGACACACAGGUGUAAUAAUGGCAGUCAAAAGGAUACGAGCCACAGUCAAUAAUAAAGAACAAGAACGAUUACUCAUGGACUUGGAAGUAGCUAUGAGAUCAGUGGACUGUCCAUACACUAUUACAUUUUUUGGUGCUUUGUUUCGUGAAGGAGAUGUCUGGAUAUGCAUGGAAGUUAUGGACACAUCAUUAGAUAAGUUUUAUAAAAAGGUGAAAGACAGGGGACUCUCUAUCAAUGAAAAUGCACUGGGAAUCAUAGCUGUAUCCAUCGUCAAGGCUCUCAGGUAUCUUCAAGAAACAUUGAGAGUUAUUCAUCGAGAUGUUAAACCAUCUAAUGUUCUUUUAAAUAAAAGUGGAGAAGUAAAGUUAUGUGACUUUGGAAUCAGUGGCCAACUAGUUGACUCUCUUGCCAAAACAAUGGACGCCGGAUGCAAACCUUACAUGGGGCCAGAACGCAUUAAACCAGACGAUAACAAAAAAGGUUACGAUGUGAAGUCGGAUGUCUGGAGUCUCGGCAUCACUAUGAUUGAAGUUGCGACAGGUGACUUUCCAUAUGAUACUUGGAGGACUCCAUUUCAACAACUCAAACAGGUUGUUGAUGAUCCAUCACCUUCUCUCCCAGCAAACGGUUUUUCAGAUGAACUGUGCGAUUUCUGUCGAUGUUGUCUGCACAAAAACCCCAAUGAUCGUCAUGGUUAUCCUGAACUGGAGUGCCAUCCUUUCAUUGUUCAAUAUAGUCAUGAAUCGAAAACAAACAUAUCGUCUUUUAUCAAACUGAUUCUUGACUGACUUAGUCUGAUGGCUAGGAUUUGAUAACGAGCCAUACUCUUUAGUGCUUGGCAUUGCCAGAUCAAUUUACAGAAUUUAUCACUCGUUGGAUUGUCAUCAAGAGAAUUAUAUGCUCUGCAUUAGCUAUCUAUUAGUUGGUCACAUUGCCCAGCAUAUAAACAUUGGGCAAAAAAAAAUUGUCCGCUGUUUUAUGUAACAUGAAUCUGUAUUCCAUAGAUGUAAACGACACGAAAAAUUUAUUGGAUGACAUUUAAAAUAUUUUCUCAACUGCCAAGCCCAGUGGUUCCCAAAGUGGGGGCCGUAGACCUUUUGGGGUCCGUGAAGCACUUUCGGAAGGUCCGCGAAAGAAAUCUGUUAUAUGGCUCAUAGCUUAAUAAUACAAAAAUUAAGUGCUCAAAUUUGCAAAUACACAUUUGUCGCUUUUUGCUGAUUCGCAAUCACUGCUAGAAACACUGAUUAUCCACUUUCUGUUUCGAUCAUGCGGCCCCAUUGUGAUGUCACAGCAGUGAGCCUGUGAUACCACAGAAAGAGUUCAAUUGCUGCCUGCUGCCAUUACAACUAACUGCAGAGGUAUAGCUGACGCUGCUAGGAGGGAGUUACAGUAGGCAGUUUAUGAAGUUAUGCCAUUUCGCUUCUAAAUUUCGUUUUACAACGAAACAAGUGCACCCAUUUCAUUAAACUUCGUCAUAUACUUUUGUUCGUUUUAAUGUUUUUCACUAUACGGCGCAUUGACUUUUUGUCAUGAUCUUUUUAUGUCUGGUGCACAAAGUCGCAAAUCCUUGUAAAAAUUGCAAGGAUUUCGUCAUGGAAUUUUUUUUCAAAAAGUUUGGGAACCACUGGCCUAGCCCUAGAAGCUCUACCGAAAAGCUCAAUAAAUUUGUACCUAGUCUGUAUAUGAAUUGUUCAUACAUUCGUUCAGUAGUGUUGUGUCUGUAGCAUGUUAUUCUGGACAGUUUGAAUAAUCAGCAAAUAAGUCUGUGCCUUGAUAAGCUGAGCCAAAGCUCAAUUACUUAAUUUUGCAAUUAGAAUAAUUUGCGAAUUUUUUUUUUAAUAUUGAUAUAUCUUGUUGAAGAUUGGUGGCUUGUAUAAUCCCAGUAGUGCAAAUAUGGAACGCCCAUAAUCAAAAUAUAAUAUAUGGUUUUAGUGGUGCUUUGAGUCUUAAAUCCACUGAAAUUUUUUUUCAACUUAUUGAGAUCAUAAUAUACUAACGUUCAACAAAUCCAACCUAGGCAUGUGAUAUGCCAGAAUAACCAUCUCACCAUGGUGUGCCUUAUAAAAUAUUGUAUGCUGUACAAACAGAUUUCCAUAUUGGUAUUUCAAUUUUAAAUUAUGCUUUUUAAGAUUAUUCUUGCAAUUACACAGUAUUGGCCCAACAUGUUCCUAUUCGUGGGAUGACGGUCUCAACAUUUCAUUGUUUUCUAUUGCCUUGACAUUAAUUCAAAUCAAACUAGCAUUAUAGAUGAUGGUCAGAUAAGUGUCCGAUGUGGUGUAGCUAUAUAGGAGAACUUCGAUUGUAUAAGUUUGAUAAAAUCUGAUUAUGAAAUCAGGAAAGCAAAUUGCUUUAAAAAGGUUGGAAUGUAAUCGAAUCUUACAGAGUUUUGUUAAAACGGUGUGUGUUUUAUUUGAAUAUAACAUUUAAUUAUUCGUUGCACCGCUUCGCAACUGGUCAGAUUGUUCGUGUCACUAUUUAGGGUUCAAAUAUUUAACAUUGGCACGGUACAUUCUUAGUUUAAAUUUCAUUUUUGUGCUAAUAAUCAUGGUGAAAUAUAUUUUGUUUGGUUGUCACCCAGUGUCAAGAGAAAUGCACUUCAUUAUACCAGCAUAGUUUUUAUUAUUAAAAAGGAUAUUUCGUAAUAAGGAAUAUUUUUAAUGGAGUAAGUAUAAUGAUGUGCAGCAUUUUAGUUAAUUGUUUAAAAAAACUGUCAUGGCAUAAAUCAGUUUUUAUCUUGUUCUAAGCAAAUUUUCUUUUUCUGCAAUUAUUAGUCCAAUGUUAAAAAUGAUGCUUCGCACAACCCAAAAAGUCAUGUAUUUAUGAAUGAAAUUUUGUCUGCUGUGUUUUUGGAGUUCUGAAGAUGAUAUGUACUUUGAAUCUUCAUUCAAUAUAAAUUGAAAAAUUUGUUUUCUGAAUGGACUAUUAUGAUUUUGUACACCUAUUUUUAAUUGGACUAUUUACUGUGUAUUUCUGAUCAUAUAUUCCUCAUGUUUGAUUGGGCGAAAAUAAUUGGCUAUAUCCAUACGGUAUAUCUGAGCAGCUGUUUGGUAGUAAAUAUAUAUGCGGGUGAAAUAAUAAAUUAAGAUUUGCUAUUAUAAUACAAGUUUGUAUUAUACCAAGAAGUAUAUGAGUUUGAUGAAUUAUGAAAUGGAGGUUUAAUCAUUAAGCCCUAAAUAAUCCUAAAUUGUGCUCUGUAUAAUAUAUGCUUUUAAAGAAAAUUGUCUCAUCAAACUGCUAUGAUUUUUUGUUUUGCUUUUUGUGAUGAACCAAUUAGAAAAUUGUACUUUGUUUUUCAUUUGUCUAUGUUUUUAUCAGAUUAGAUUAUGUCUGAAAUCUGUCAGCCAUUAUUGUUUUUUUUAAAUUUUGAUGUUAUUUUUUGUCGCACUGAUUUUUCCAGUUCUGUCAACUAUUCCGUACUUAUAUUGAUGAAUCAUUUUUUCAUUACCACUCAUUAUGGUUAUGUUUACGAUGAGUGGAAUUUUUGAGAUUUGAACUGACUGAAACUUUGAGAAUGUUAUAACAUAUUAUUUGGGUGGCAAACAUCCCAAAUUUAUUGCUAUAUGUUGAUGAUACUUUAACAAUGUGCUUUUUAUGCUCUGAUGAAUAUUCUUAUUUUCAAAUCUAUAUUGGUGUUUGGCACUGCUUUGCCGCCGUGAAAUGGUUCAUGAAAUUUCAGUUUGCUACUCCAUACAUGUUUAUCCUCAUGUGCACCUUACGCUGUACUUCAGUGUUUCCACGAACUGAUGAGGCACUUGUGUCUUUCCUCCCUUAAGGGUGAAUAUGAAUUAUCAUUAUAUGUAUCCUGUUAUUUCAGUAUAUGGGAUAAAAAUUGGAGGUCGAAGGACCACACCUAUCUAAGGUCAAUAUAGCUGUCACAGUAAGAUGUCAAGUUUAACAAAUUUUUGGGCAGAUACAUAUUGAAAUAUGUAACAAUUGAGUGUAAUCAAUAUCACCUGCUAUCAAUUUAUACUGUUUGAGUUGAAUAUUUACUGGAGCCGCUACCGGUUCUCAGCAAAGAAAGAAUUUAUAAAGCGGGUUGCUUCUUUUUUCAUACAAAUGCGGUUAGUUAGUGGGGAAAUCGCUCACACUUUUGCAAGAUUGCGAAGUAUGUGUUCGCCAAUAAUUUUGUUGUAUCUCGGUGUAGUAGGUGAACGAAAUUCCCUUUCCCAUUCCAAUAACUUUAGUUUGUCAUCGCAAAAUUGGGUAAAUUGAGCUUGGAACCAAUAAAUAAAAUGUAAAAUAUGGUUCAAAUGCUCAAAAAGAUGUUUCUAAAUCAGAAAGAUUUUACAGUCAUUUAGUUUUAGUUACAUAUUUAUAAAUGCACUUUCUGGAUAAUAAAGAUAACGAUUGGAAAGU